GCCGGAGCUGUACGUACACGUCGUUCAUUUCAGUGAAAAAUUCUUUUCAAGCAGAAUUUCUGUGGAUAGCGUCGUUCUCUGAGGGAUAAAUAUAAAGUUACUCGAUUAACCACUUACUACUUUUCAAAGCUAUUCCACUAGGUUUUCAGUAUGAGUGCAACUGAGAACCAAUCGAGCGUGACAAAAGCUCCGGAUGCGCCCCAAGCAUCGGAAGUUAAGAAGGAAACGGUAGUCAAGAGUGAGCCAGAGGCCAAGCCCUCCGUGGAGUCCGCUCCCAAUGCCGAUAAAAAGGCCGAUUCUUCCGCCGAAACAGCGCCAACGGCAAUGGAAACUGAGCCCGCGGCUGCUGCGAAUGGCGUCGAAUCCAAGCCUGCGGGUACGGAAGCUAAAGCUUCGACUGACGAGUCGAAGAAGGCUAACGGUGCGAAAAAAGAACGCCCUCGCUUUUCUACCGUGGCCAGAAAACGAUUCCGAUUGUUGAUAGGCCAAGGUUAUAGUCGCAAUGAGGCUGCUCGUUUGGCCCAAGAGCCCCUUAAACCCAACGUUGCAACCAAAGGGCAGCCGAAAGCCAAGUUCGACUUCGAAGAAGAACGUAAAAAGCUUACCGGAGCAGCGAAAAAACGACUUGCCUGGUUGCUCAGGAACGGUUAUGAUGAGAAAGAAGCUAUCGCACAGGCCCGCAAGCCGAUGGAUACCACCAGACGUGGUAGAUUUGGUAGAUUCGACGGCCCAAGAGCGCCUACGGCAUUUAGCCUGCCCGCUAAUAGAAAGCCAGUACCAAGUGUGAUCGCCAUGGCCGUCGUCAAAUCCGAUCACCCGGCACAGGUUCUCACGAGAGAGCAGUCUAGCAAGAUAAAAUCUGGCAUCCUUAAGCAAGUAACGCAGCAAAAAGACGCGCAACUUAAGCCACGUUUUGAGGACUGUGUGUUUGUUAACGGUUAUUUACGAGUUCUUUGCUCGGACAAACCAACCGUUAAGUUCCUCCAGCAAAACGUACCAAAAUUGGAACUGUGGAAAGAUGCUUCUGUGAAGGUUGUUAAUGAGAAGAGCAUUCUCAGAAUCGAAACGUACGUUGGUCACUUUACCGACAGCCGUCAGAAUAGCAAUGAAGAAAUCUUGAAUUUCGUAGAGUGUCAGAACGAUGGCCUCAGUACAUCUAACUGGAAGAUCCUCGGCAGAAAUGAAGCUCCGGGCAAAGUGAUUGAAUUGAAAUUUACCAUGGAUCCUGCAUCUACAAAAAUUGUUCGCGAGUUGGGCUUCGAGCUGAACUACAAAUUCAACAAAAUUAAAGUUGAGAAAGUGCAAAAGCCAGCUGCGCCGUUGCAGGGCUCAACUGCUCCACCGCAGAGAGCUGCUCCAGUUGCAUCUAGAAGAUAUAACCCACCGAGACGGACUUUUGUUCCCGUUUGGGAAAACAAUAUGUCCAAGCAAACGACCUUUAAUCGUGCGCCCAGUCCUCCAAGGAGGAGUAACUUUGACAGUUACGGCGGUAACCAGUUCAAUUCCGGUUCGCACGGCAAUAACUGGGGUGGUAAUUCGAAUUCAUUCAGUAGCAAUGGUGGUAGCGGUGGCGGCGGCGGCGGUAGCGGCGGCGGCCAAUCCAACAGUCGUCCCCUGAGUUUGGUUGACAAUCUGUUCGCGCAACUGAAUCGCACCCUCGCCGCUAACGACAACAGAGGCAACAACCGUAGCGGCAACAGCUUCAACGGUAGAAGCAACAACAGCUUCAACGGCCGAGGCGGCAACAGUUUCGAUCGACCGGGAUCGCGACGCGCCAACAACUUCGGCAGCGGUUCGAACAAUCGGAUGGGAGGCCGAUCAUUCUACAAUAAUUCCUCAAGAGCAGGCUUUUUCUGAAAGCAAUCUUUUUAAAAUGUAUCACCGGACAUAACUUCUAUCGCUAAUAAUUGACGUACAUAUAUAUAUAAUUGGUUCCACUCAAUAAUGACCCAGAUAACUUCAAAUAAACUAUGACCCUAAG